GUUUGCAGCGGCGUGGAGCGGGUGGCAUCAGCAGCGACCGCGGCAGCAGCAUGAUUUGAUUAGGGAAGGGAGUGGCAGGCGCAGGCCGCUGCUUGCUCUGCUCGCUGGCGUUGGCGUUUCCCCCCUGCCCUGCCCCCACUCCCCACUCCCCAGUCCCCACCCCACCCUCUUCCUCUCGCUCGCGUGAACCCCCUCGCUUUUGCUGCGUCUGCGCAAAGCAUCACUGGAUAUUUGGAUUGAACUGGGUUGGAUAGAGGGGUUGCUCGCCUUCUUGGCUGGUGGUUCCGUGAGCUCUGCUGCUGCCGCAGUCGCGCGGCAGAAUUGUGCCCUUCAGCUGUGGACUGGUCUGUUCCUCUUCUUCUGCUUGUUCGGCGGAUUGAAUCUACGGGCUCUGGCGAUGUGGGUGAUGUGGAUGGGGUGGUGGCUGGUGGUUGCCGGCCUGCUCGCCGUGAUCCUGCCGCCGUCCACCGCCACGCUCUCCCCGGCCGGCAUCAACUACGAAGUGGUGGCUCUGAUGGCCAUCAAGACGGAGCUGCAGGACCCCUACAACGUGCUCGACAACUGGGACAUCAACUCCGUCGACCCCUGCAGCUGGAAGAUGGUCACCUGCUCCUCUGACGGCUACGUCUCCGCGCUGGGGCUACCCAGCCAGAGCUUGUCUGGGAAAUUGUCACCCGGCAUCGGCAAUCUCACCAGGCUGCAAUCUGUGCUAUUACAGAACAAUGUGAUUUCUGGCCCUAUUCCUGGCACCAUAGGAAGGUUGGGGAUGCUAAAGACGCUUGACAUGUCAGAUAACCAGCUCACUGGGAGUAUCCCAAUUUUGCUUGGAAAUCUCAAGAACCUCAACUAUUUGAAAUUGAACAACAAUAGCUUGUCUGGAGUUCUACCUGAUUCACUUGCCACCAUUAAUGGUCUUGCUCUCGUAGAUCUUUCGUUUAACAAUCUGAGUGGUCCAUUACCCAAGAUUUCUGCAAGAACUUUCAACAUCGCUGGAAAUCCCAUGAUUUGUGGUGUCAAGUCUGGAGAUAAUUGCUCAUCUGUUUCACUGGACCCACUCUCUUAUCCACCAGAUGAUUUGAAGACUCAGCCACAGCAAGGCAUGGCAAGAAGCCACCGAAUUGCUAUAAUAUGUGGAGCAACUGUUGGUUCAGUAGUUUUUAUUGCUCUUGUAGUCAGUAUGCUUCUCUUGUGGCGGCAUAGGCGUAAUCAGCAGAUCUUUUUUGAUGUAAACGAUCAAUAUGACCCAGAAGUAUGUUUGGGCCAUCUGAAGCAAUAUGCCUUCAAGGAGCUCCGAGUGGCUACUAACAAUUUCAACUCAAAGAACAUUUUAGGUGAAGGUGGGUAUGGCAUUGUAUACAAGGGCUACUUGCGAGAUGGCUCUGUUGUUGCUGUUAAAAGACUUAAGGAUUAUAAUGCUGUUGGUGGGGAAGUUCAGUUCCAAACUGAAGUUGAAGUCAUAAGCUUGGCUGUUCAUCGGAAUCUCCUUCGGCUCAUUGGAUUCUGCACUACAGAGAGUGAGAGAUUACUUGUUUAUCCUUACAUGCCGAAUGGAAGUGUUGCUUCCCAAUUGCGGGAACUUGUAAAUGGCCGGCCAGCUCUAGAUUGGUCGAGGAGAAAGAGGAUAGCACUAGGCACAGCACGUGGUCUUCUCUAUUUGCAUGAGCAGUGUGAUCCAAAAAUAAUCCAUCGUGAUGUAAAAGCUUCCAAUGUGCUCCUUGAUGAAUAUUUUGAAGCAAUUGUGGGAGAUUUUGGAUUGGCAAAACUUUUGGACCACAGGGAAUCCCAUGUUACAACUGCAGUACGCGGGACAGUAGGACAUAUAGCUCCAGAAUAUCUGUCAACUGGCCAGUCAUCAGAGAAGACUGAUGUUUUUGGAUUUGGAGUCUUAUUGGUUGAGUUGAUCACUGGUCAGAAGGCAUUGGAUUUUGGAAGAGUCGCAAGUCAGAAGGGUGGAGUGCUCGAUUGGGUUAGAAAGCUUCAUCAAGAAAAGCAGCUAAGCGUGAUGGUGGAUAAAGACCUAGGUACCAACUAUGACAGGGUUGAACUAGAAGAAAUGGUUCAGGUGGCUUUGCUGUGCACACAGUACUAUACAUCUCACCGCCCCAGAAUGUCUGAGGUAAUCAGGAUGCUAGAAGGUGACGGGCUGGCAGAGAAAUGGGAAGCGUCGCAAAAUGUGGACACACCGGAAUCUGUAUCAUCGGAGCUUCUACCUCCAAAGUACAUGGAUUUUGCCGCGGACGAAUCUUCACUCGGCCUAGAAGCCAUGGAGCUCUCUGGACCAAGGUGACCGAUCGGUCAUCGCAUAGACGCGUAGAUGUCUGUCAUAUGUGCCUGCUGUGUUACAUUUGAUUUGAUUAGGCACAAGGCAAGGUGAAAUUUUCCGGGUUUAUGUAGUGUGUAAUCUGUCUGUCUAUAGCUGCGGUGGCAUUCAUUUGUAGAUUGAGAAGCAUUGUGUGAGCUGAGCCCAUCCUUGUUGCGUAUGUACUGGUGGCAAAGAGAUGAGAUGAAUGAGUAAAUAUAGAAAGAAAAAAAAAUCCAGUGCAGUUUGUGCCUGUUCUGCCUGCUGAGCAUGUACAGCUGAUAAAUGCUGAUACCUUCAU